GUUAGUCCAUUUUAGUCCUCUUAACAUUUUAUGUUUGUAUGUCUUUAAAUGAGUCUGGGUCUGCCUGUCAUGUGACUGAUCACAUGACAGGAACCAGGAAGUUAGCCAGCAUAAAGGAGGCAGCAUGGCAAACAAACUGGGUCAUUAAGGAAAGACCACUAGCUGGAUUCAGGAGUUGUUUAUACGGACUUGCCUUUCCAGCGCUUCACAUCACCUUCACUUGGAUUAACACUUCCAUGGAUUUUGUAUAUACACCAGUGGACACUUUCACAUUGGGACUUUUAGCACGAUACUAGGACUCUUAAGGACUGUUUUAGGGUAUGGUGUAAAUGGACUCCACGCUUUUAAACAGCCUAAGUUAUUCUAGUUUUAUUGUGUUGUUUUACGUUACAUGUGAAUAUUACAAAUACACCUUAUUUAUCCAUUUCUGUUGUCAGUCUCAUCUUUUUAAACACUCGUAACUUCUCACACAGCUUAAUCUGACCCCAUUUUUAUUCAUGUAAAAUCGACCUAUUGGGCCGAUCGUUACAUAUGGUGGCCCGUACGGGGAACGUUUGAAGAUUUUAUACGCUGUAUUGAGAAGAGUGUUUUAAGAUGAUGACAAACCAAGUUAAUGCUGCUUCUUUUAAUACAUCUGCUGUUUUUAAUGAUGAUCGGGUUUUACAUAAUUGUGAAUGUGUACAGCUCUGUGCUGAGGUGGCUGCUCUUAAAAACAUUGUUUUAAAACUGGAGAAGGAUUUUAAAGACUCUGUUGAAAGUAAUCUUAACCGUGAACUGUAUUUUAGAGAUGCUGUGGAUUUUAAAUUUGACAAAAUGGAGGAAUCUAUCAAGGAUGCCGUGCUGACACUAGAGAGAGAGGUCAUCGACUGUUUUAAGAGGAGAGACAAGAAAUGGGCGAAACAGCUGGAGCAAUCAAAGGAUCCAGAAACCGCCAUCUCCCCUCCCAUUGCGACGACCAACCCAGUGCCUCCCACGUCGACCCCUGGCUUUCCUCCGACCAACGAUCCCACUGCCUCAACCACUUCACGGACAGUCAACAGAGCAACCGAUGGAGAAUUCUGUGCCACCGUUACAACUAGGCCAGACUUGGACACCAACUUCUCCAUCCUCCCCUUCUACAGAGAGCAGCUCACCAGCGCACAGAGUGAUGACGACACUCUCCAGAGACUUUCCAUCUCUCCCUCCACUCCACCGACCGACGGGAUCGAAGUGCGGGACCACCAAGGUGUGCUGUAUCGUCAGAUCCAGAAGGGGGGUGGCAACAUAAAGAUCCAGCUCGUCGUCCACAAGGCCCUGAUCCAGCAGACGAUACAGCACUUCCAUCUAAAGACCCCAGAGAGACACCAUGGGUGGCUGAAGACCCUUCUGAGGAUCCUGGAGGUUGCCUGGUGGCCCACGAUCCGCAGUGAUGUCUGGAGAUUCUUCUGUGACUGCAAGUCCUGUGGUGUGGAGACCAACCCCAACAGCAAACCAAUUCGUCAUCAACAUCAUCACUGUUCAUCAGCUUCAACAUCACCAUCCACCAAAGAGACCCACAAGCUGGAUAGGAGGAAAUGCCGGGGGAGUGGCGUGCCAGGAAGGCUGGAUGCUUCAGGACCUUGGGAGGAAUGGCGUCACCGACCAAAGGACAUCCAGGCUGGUAUCUGAUCCUACCUCUUUCUAGUGUUCCAAUAGAUUCCUAGAGCAGACUAGUGCCUCUGUGGGAGGGCCUAGUUUUAUCUAAUUUAUUGCAAAGACAUUUUAAGACACUCAUUCGAGAGGAUACCCACUACGUGGACCGUUUGACUGUCUGCUGAUACGUUCUUAUUUUUGGAUAUGUUUUGGAUAUGUUUCUACUGCAUUCAACAGAUCUGGAUUGUCUGGAUUAUUUUUUGGAUUACUUUCUUAAGUUUUGAAUGACUGACCUGGCAUUUUUGCGAUCCUGUCACACUGAUCGGCUACGAGCCCUCUCCAUUCCUAUUCACAUCCCUCCCGACAUCUGGCAUGCAGCCCUCGUGUGAAGACCGAAGAGUGUAAAGAUCGAACAACUCUACCUGUGCAAUUCCACCGAGCAAGGACACCGACAAGGCACUUGAGUAUUGCACUUUUCUUUUCCCUUUCCUCUUUAUACAGUGUGUUCUUGUCUGUCUAUUGACCUGUCUUAAGAUAUGUGCUUUCAAAUUCCCACUAUUACUAACACUCGUAAAUCGCAUGCUACACGUUGGAGGCAGUGUAACCAUAGCAACCUCUGUAGUUUACCCACGUCAUCUAGUACUUUAUUUUCUAUUUCUAUUGGGCUCUGGAAUUGUCAAUCUGCUGUAAACAAAGCAGACUUCAUUACAGCUAUUGCUACUUAUUCAGAUCUCCAUCUCAUGGCUCUGACUGAGACAUGGAUCAAACCAGAGGACACUGCUACACCAACAGCCCUCUCCUCUAAUUUCACUUUCUCUCACACCUCACGCCAGA